CUUCGUACAAGAAAUACUUUUACCUGCUUUAUACAAAUGAAGUAGUGUUGGGCUCUUUUACUGGAUACUUCGAUAUUCUGUUUGAUUUACUAUAUUUCUCACUAUGCGGAGCAAUAGCCACUCAAUACGAAACUAUUAUAGUAGCAUUUGAGAGGUUCGGGCACAAUAAAGACACAAAAAAUCAACAAAUUAAAAUGUACGAAGACUUAAAAAUUUUAAUUUCGGAUUGUCGAAAUGUUGGUUUCUACACGGAAGAAUUUUAUUCUAUAGUUCGUCCUGUAGUAUUACUUCAAGUUGCUGUUUGUUCCGGUUCUCUCAUAACAAGUUCUUAUUUUAUAUCACUGCAAUUUUUGACUUAUUCAAUGGAUUUUGCCAAAUUGUUACAAUUCAUUGUAUGUUUCAUCUUAUACGCUAUACAAUUAUUCAUGUAUACUUAUAUGUUGGACUCCAUAAAUGAAAAAAGAGACUGUAUCAAUUUUGGAUUGUACUCUUCUGACUGGACGUCAAUGGAUAUUCGUUUUAAAAAGUUGUUGCUUCUAGCAAUGCAAGUGAACAGUGCGACUUCAACUGAAAUCCAAGCAACGCCGAAUAAACUUAUGAACUUGGAGUUAUUUUUAAGUGUUUUACGUGUGUCGUACAAUAUUGUAUCAUUUAUGUUGAACGUCAAGAUGAAAAGUUCAGCCGACAAGUAAUGUGUAAAAGUCAAGUUAUACAACUUUUGAGAACAGCUAGUAC